AUGGCCUUCCUCAAAUCCCAACUCCUCUUCAAACCCCCCUACCCCACCACCUCCUUCUCCUCCCAAACCAUCAUCGUCACCGGCUCCAACACCGGCCUCGGCCGCGAAGCCGCCCGCCACUUCUCCCGCCUCGACGCCGCCAAACUCAUCCUCGCCGUCCGCAACACCACCGCUGGCGAAGCCGCCAAGAAGGACAUCCUCUCCACCACCCGUCGGGAAGAGAGCUCCAUCGAAGUCUGGCCGCUCGAUCUCAGCUCCUUCGACAGCAUCCGCGCUUUCGCCGAGCGGUGUAAAAGGGAGUUACCGCGCAUCGACGUCCUGCUCGAGAACGCCGGCGUGGCGAUGACGACGUAUACGAUGGAGAAGAACGGCCACGAGAAGACCAUCAUGGUCAACGUCAUUGGGACCUUCUACCUCGCGCUCCUCCUCGUCCCUCACCUGAAAGAAGCCGCGAAGCGCUUCGCCAUCACCCCGCGUCUGACUAUCGUGAGCAGUGAGGUACACGGCUUCACGAAGUUCCCUGUCCGCAAUGAACCCAACAUCUUCGAAGCGUUGAAGGAGAACCGGAAGGAGUAUUUCAAGGAUCGGUAUCAGGAUAGUAAGUUACUGGAGGUGCUGGUGGUGCGGCAGCUGGCGCCGAAGCUGGAGGGCAGCGGAGUGGUGUUGAAUAUGCUCAACCCGGGGCUCUGCCACUCGGAACUCUCCCGCGACGGGCCGUUUGUGUUGGAGGUGAUCAAGUUCCUUCUUGCCCGGUCAACGGAGGUGGGGAGCAGGACGUUGGUGGCGUCGGCUGCGGCGGGGAGCGAGAGUCAUGGAAAGUACAUGUCUGAUGCGAUGGUCAAGGAGGAGGCGUUGAGUCCGUUUGUGCGGAGUAAGGAGAGCAAGGAGAGUGGGGAGAAGGUUUGGAGGGAGUUGAGGGAUAUCUUGGAGGCGGAGCAGCCGGGUGUUACUGAGGUGGUGAGAUGA